CAAAUUGCAGCAUCCGCAUAGCCAAUUACAAAGGGCUAUGUAUUUCUCGCCUGGCUGAACAAAAAACCAAUUUCAACUUUAAUAAAAUCAAAUUUCCUACCGCGUUCAAUGGGAGUAACAGCAUGCUGCUGCUGUAGCAGCAAAGAUGCUGCAAUUACUAUUGGAAUAUGGUCACUUGUCUACGCAUUGGCGUCACUUCUACUAUUCGGGUGGCAAACAGGUGUGCUUAAUCACUGCCGCGUGGUCACAAUGGCCCAGUCCAAUUUGCAGUGCGAAUGGGAUUGUCCAUGUGUUGGUGCAUCCUCAAAACGCACGUCCGCUAUUAUUGAAGGCCUCUUCGUAAUCCAAGUGCUAUGUCUCAUCGCCGCUUUCUUUCUGGUUUUUGCUUCGGCUGCCAUGAUCUAUGGUAUCCAUACAUGGUCAAAGUAUCUCGUGUGGCCGUGGUUCCCAGUUAUGUUGUCUUCCAUACUUGCCACGUUGGCAUAUUGUAUCAUGUGGUGGUGCGGUGAUGUGAGAAGCUAUUGGCUGGCAAUUACUAUCAUUGAAAUAAUCGUCGUGUUUAUUAAUAUCUACUGCGUAGUGGUGGUUAUGAUGUACUACCGACGCAUCAACGCCACCACUGAUGAGUACGAGGGCAAAGAUCGGAGAGGCGUACGAUAUAAGAUAAAUCGAAUGGGUAAUAGUAGGCGUGAUCUGCUUGAUUCUUAUGAUGAUAAUGUUCAUCGGAGCCCGCCAAUGAAGUACAAACCUUUGGCACAACCGUACCCAGUGUUCCCGAGCUACUCCCGCGCGGGGGUUCCACAGACUCCAAUCCCAUUGCCGCCUACACAAAUCAACACUCCUUACCCUAUUGAUCCAAUGGAAGUUCAAUUCACCGUACAGCCAAAGGUUAAGAACCUUCGAGAAAUGGACGAGGAUCACGUGGGAUCAUGGGUUCGAGACCAACAGUCGAUAGCGUUGCUUUCAGACCGGGGACACGAGGCAAGAAGUGAGCCGAUCACUGUGAGCAAACUUGUGCAGCCGACCACUUUGAAGCACUCGCGAUCAGUACCGUCGUUGCACGGAGGGACGUUGGUGUCGCAUAGAGAUUGUGAACAUCGAGAUGAUAAACAUAGAUCCUCCUCCCGCCGACGAAAAUCUCGGAGCCGCCACGAAUUUGACGGAUACUCCUCCGAAUCCGAUCCCUCCGAUUUCAGCCGGCACCAACGGCAUCGAUCGAACAGUAAACGGCGACAAAGAAGUCGGUCAAGGUAUGACGACUCUGUUUAUGAUUCCGAGGCGGAUAGGGAAAGGGAGAGAGAGAGGCGAAGAUCGAAAAGAAACAGACAAGGUGGCAGUCAGAGGAGCUCGUCUAAGAAGCAUCGAGAUGAUCGGAGGGAUCGUGAUCGGGAGAGAGACAGAAAUGAUCGGGACAGAAAUCGUGAACGGGAGCGAGAAGAAAGAGAACGAGAGAAUCGAGACAACGAACGAGGGAGACGAGAGAGAGAAAGUGAGGCUCCAAGACGCCGGAAGGAAGAUGACCGACGAAGUCGUCACCAAGAUUCUCAAGAAGCCUCUGGAGGAUCUCAGGAAAUGUCAUUCCCGUUGUCCGGAGGCAUCACAAUUCCCCAACACAUAGUGAUCCCUCCAUCGUCUGGAGAACGAGGCCCGGACGGGAAACCAGUACCUCAAAAGUAUCAAAUCAACUCAGAAAUUACAAUUAACUAUGAUCAUAAUGGACGACCGGUUGUGGGGCCCAGAGAUCCACUGCCUACUAUUGAGGAGCCAUUUAGGAGACGUCAACCACUUCCAAUCCAAUCAACGUUCUGAAUGAAUCUGCCGAUCUCAGCAAAUCUCGUCAUUUUUCUUCCGAUAUUCCAAGAAAUUUAUAGCAAUAAAGAAAUGAAUUGUAUAUACCUGCUACUCAUCACUGUCAUUACGCAAUUUUUAAAAUCCUGACUCUUUAUAUUCUUUAUUUGAUGUUUAAAUAAUGUCAAUAAACGUUUUAUAAUAUACGAGAAA